GUUAGAUGCGACACUCAGCACACAGUUGCUUACACAUUCCCAUCUCCGGGUGCCUCGAUCAUGCACGAGGGCUUCCCGGUUGUGGACUAUGCCUCAGCGAUCUUACCGCCGGGUGACCUUGCACGUAUGACCUCACAGGGGUUUCAGCCUCUCCUGGAGGAUUCCAUUCGGACCCAUGUUGAUGGACUUGCUAAGACCAUUGGGGCACUCUGGGCAGCCAACCACUCUCAGGCAAAGCUCCAGCGUGAGGUUGAUGAAGUUAGAGCCGCCCUACAGGCUAGGGAGAAAGCUUUCUCCGAGUUGCAACUUUUGCAUGCAAGAGAGCGUGAAGAAGUGGCCAAGAAAGCGAUUCUCGAGUUCAAGGCCUCCGACGAAUUCCAGAAAACCAUAUCUGACAGGGUGGAAGCGAAGGAAUCUGACUUAGUAAAUAAAUGGCUGAAGACUGACGAGGGGGAGUACUGGCAUGCUCGUGAAGUUCUGUACGCCUUUCAGUGUGGCAAAUACUUGACGCAGCGUAAAUUGUAUGAUCAGUUGGAGGGUCUCGGCCCUGACUUCUAUCCAUCCGUGCUAGGCCUUCCUGCCCGCAUGAAGAAACCUGAGGCUGCAAUAGCCCUCUUGCCCCCAGGAGUCUACCGCCAGGAGGAGGAGUCCGGUAACUCGAACGAAUGGUGCUGGUUCUUUCCAAGACCUUCGGAGGACAUGGUCCCCCUUGCAUCCGGUCAGCAGGAGGGAGCUCAAGAGUCCGGCCAAGACUUGGUUGCCAUGUUAGAUGAGAUUCCCGAGGCCAAUGGCAAUGGGCAUGUCCUGCCAUGACUUUGUAUUUUGCAUUUUCCUUGUCUUCCACUCGUAUACGUUGUGUUUUGACUGAAUGUUUAAUUAAUUCACAUAUUUUGAACACAUGUGUUUCUUUUCAUAUACUUUGCAUUGCGAGUACUUAAGCAAUUUUAUUCGGGGAUCCGGCUUCUCUAUCUUCCCG